AUGCUUUCGAGAGCUACGUUUCUCGCGUGCGUGUUCCUUCUGGCACGUCAAAGUGGCGCAGCCACGGAGCAACGUAUGACGUUGGUGAACAAGAUGAUCGCCGAGGAUCUAGAUAGGUCAGCGACCGAUUACGUGUACAAUCAGCAACAAGGACUUCCGGUUUACUACGUGCGGUAUACCAAUCACGGAAGUGGACGGUACUAUCAUGCCCCGGCCGCCGUGCAAUACGUUGUCGAGGCAGCUACACCUGUUGCACACGGUGUAACCGAGACGAAUCCUCUUCUGCAUCCGUACGCGAACGGUGUUCCGAGUUAUCAAGGAAUUGCCAAUUACGGUAACGAGCAAUCGUUGGAACGUCAAGUGGAGGGGGAUUUGUAUCACGUUGAUGGAAAAAUAACCGAGGAAGAUGACGCGGGGGAGGAGGAGAAGGAGGAGGAGGAGGAAGAGGAGGAGAAGGAUGAAGAGGAAGACGAUGUCGACGAUGGGGAGAUUCACGAUGGAUCUGGUGGAUCAGUGAAACUGUUUGGGUAUGGGGGUUACGAGGACGAGGAGGUUGGUGAAGUCUCCUCGGGUGAUGAGAGUGGUUCGUUCGAAAGUGAGAAGGGGGAGAGGUAUUCGGAGCAUGGAGGGAAAGGGGAGAAGGGAUACGAGGCUUGGAAGGAGUUUAGCAAAGGGGGACGUGGUAGCAAUAAUGAUGAACGUCGAGAAGGAUACUAUAAGAACAGAAGUGAAGAGAAGAAGGGGCACGUCGACGAAGCUGAAAAUCACGGUUCUCACGAGGAGGCAGGGAAAGGCAAAAAGGGCAAGAAUUACGGUCACUCGUCUUACCAUAAGAAGGGGCACAAAACUAAUGGUUUCCACAAUGUCUAUCACAAGGACGAAUACAAGAAGGAAACGGACUUCUACGACGAUGACCACAAGAAGGGUGAUUUCGGCGAAUACGAGGAAUUCGACAAAGGUUACAAGAUCGACGAGGGUGAUUUUAAGAAAGGAGGACAUCAUUCUUUUGAGAAUGAUUAUCAGAAUCGCGGAAAGAAAGGACAUUACGAUAAGGGACACCAUGUAAUCGAGGAUCAAGGUCACCAGGCAGAAGAAAGCGAAAAAUCCCAUUACGAGGAACACGAGGAUUAUAGUGUCGCAGAAGAUUCGAAAUCUGACAAAGCGCACGAAUUUAAUAGAAAAAAUCGUUAA